CGAUCCCCGUCUCGGUUGCGGGACCGCCUCCCCUCGGUGGCCCCCGCUCGGCCCCACGCCUUUCCCUUCUCCUCUCUCGCGUUUCCGCCCGUCCGCUCCCCUGCCGGCCGCCUCCUGACAGGCGGCAGGAACCCGCCGCGGAGCCGGGGAAGCGGAGGAGCCUGCUGGCGGCCGCCCCCCUUCCCCACUUCCCUGCACUCUCAUCUCGCUCGGCCUCGGCCUCUGACACGAGAGAGAGAUGCUGGUGGCAAGUUUUGGAGAUCCCUGUUUUUUAUGGAACACAGUUCUGUAAACCUUUCAUAAGCUUCCUUGGCAAUAACAUACACUUGUGAUGGACCCUAGAAAUACUGCUAUGUUAGGAUUGGGUUCUGACUCGGAAGGAUUUUCAAGGAAGAGUCCCUCUGCCAUCGGCACUGGCACAGUGAGCAAGAGAGAAGGAGAGCGAGAGAGCAGCGCGAAGGAGGAAGAGGACCUUCGCAAGUGGAACCGGGAAAGAAACAGUGAGGCAGGCAAAGAGGAUGGUUUGACUGAUGCACAGCAACAGUUCUCAGUGAAAGAAACAAACUUUUCCGAGGGAAACUUGAAAUUGAAAAUUGGCCUUCAGGCUAAGAGAACUAAAAAGCCUCCAAAGAACUUGGAGAACUAUGUAUGUCGACCUGCCAUAAAGACCACUGUCAAGCACCCAAGGAAGGCACUUCGCAGUGGGAAGAUGACUGAUGAGAAGAACGAGCACUGUCCUUCGAAACGGGACCCUUCAAAGUUGUACAAGAAAACAGGUGAUGUUGCAGCCAUUGAAUGCCAGUCUGAAGAAAGCAUCCAUCUUCAUUCACAGGGAGAAAACAGUCCUUUGUCCAAGAAGCUUUCUCCGGUGCACUCAGAAAUGACAGAUUACAUUAAUGCAGCGUCAUCUACUCUUGUUGGUAGCCGGGAUCCUGAUCUAAAGGACAGAGCGUUACUUAACGGAGGAACGAGUGUAACAGAAAAGUUGGCACAGCUCAUUGCAACUUGUCCUCCCUCUAAGUCUUCCAAGACUAAGCCUAAGAAGUUAGGAUCUGGCACUGCUGCGGGAUUGGUUAGCAAAGACUUGAUCAGGAAAGCAGGCGUUGGCUCUGUGGCUGGAAUAAUACAUAAGGACUUAAUAAAAAAACCAGCUAUCAGCACAGCAGUUGGAUUGGUAACUAAAGAUCCUGGGAAAAAGCCAGUGUUUAAUGCAGCAGUAGGAUUGGUCAGUAAGGACUCUGUGAAAAAGCUAGGAACGGGCACUACAGCGGUGUUCAUUAAUAAGGACUUAGGCAGAAAGCCAGGGACUGUCACUCCAGUGGGGCUGCUGAGCAAGGAGUCAGGAAAGAAGCUAGGGAUUGGCAUCGUUCCAGGGUUAGUGAACAAGGAGUCUGGAAAAAAGUUAGGACUUGGCACUGUGGUUGGGCUGGUUAAUAAAGACCUGGGAAAGAAAUUGAGUUCUACUGUUGGCCUAGUGGCCAAGGACUGUGCAAAGAAAAUUGUUUCAAAUUCAGCAGUGGGCCUGGUUAAUAAGGACAUGGGAAAGAGACUAGUGAGUUGUUCUGUGGCAGGCCUGGUCAGUAAAGAUGCCAUAAACCUCAAAGCCGAAGCACUGCUCCCCACUCAGGAGCCUCUUAAGGCUUCUUGUAGUGCAAGCGUCAGUGGUCACGAGAGUCAGGAGCUUUCUGAGUCUCUGAAAGACAGUACCACCAGCAAAACUUUCGAGAAGAACGUUAUACGGCAGAGUAAAGAAAGCCUCUUGGAAAAGUUCUCAGUUCGAAAAGAAAUCAUCAAUUUGGAGAAAGAAAUGUUCAGUGAAGGACCGUGCAUUCAGCAGGACGGUUUCUCAUCCAGCGACAGGGGGCCUUACGAAACCUCAAAGCACGAAAAGCAGCCUCCCGUGUACUGCACUUCUCCAGACUUUCAAAUGGGAGCUGCUUCGGACACAUCGACAGCAAAAUCCCCGUUCAGUGCAGUAGGAGAGAGCAGUCUCCCCUCCCCAUCACCCACCGUAUCUGUCAACCCUCUGACCAGAAGUCCCCCUGAAACUUCACAGUUGGCCCCUAAUCCAUUGCUGUUAAGUCCUACCACAGAAUUAAUGGAAGAGAUUUCUGAAUCUGUUGGGAAGAACCAGUUUACUCCUGAAAGUACCCACCUGAACAUAGGUCAUAGGGCCGUGGGUCACAGCAUGAACAUCGAAUGUAAAGGGAUCGAUAAGGAGCUGACUGAUUCGAAAACCGCACAUCUAGAUAUUCCAAGAAUAAGCUCUUCCCUGGGAAAAAAGCCAAGUUUGACUUCCGAACCCAGUAUUCAUGCAAUUACCCCGUCAGUUGUUAACUUCACUAGUUUGUUUAGUAACAAGCCCUUUCUAAAACUUGGUGCAGUAACUGCAUCAGACAAACACUGCCCAGUCGCUGAAAGCCUAGGCACGAGUUUGCAGUCGAAACCGCUGAAAAAAAGGAAAGGAAGGAAGCCUCGGUGGACUAAAGUGGUGGCAAGAAGCACAUGCCGGGCUCCCAAAGGGCUAGAAUUAGAAAGAGCAGAGCUUUUUAAAAAUGUUUCGUGUAGCUCACUAUCAAAUAGUAAUUCUGAGCCAGCCAAGUUUAUGAAAAACCUCGGACCAUCUUCAUUUGUAGACCAUGACUUCCUGAAGCGCCGAUUGCCAAAGCUGAGCAAGUCCACGGCCCCGUCUCUCGCUCUCCUGACUGACGGCGAGAACCCAGCUCACAAGGCCUUCGCGACUCACAAGCUCUCCUCCAGUAUGUGUGUCUCUACUGACCUUCUGUCUGACAUUUAUAAGCCCAAGAGGGGCAGACCUAAGGCCAAGGAGAUGCCUCAACUGGAAGGUCCACCUAAAAGGACUUUGAAGAUCCCUGCCUCGAAAGUUUUUUCUUUGCAGUCUAAGGAAGAACAGGAACCCCCGAUUUUACAGCCAGAAAUCGAAAUCCCUUCCUUCAAGCAAAGUCUUUCUGUGUCUCCUUUUCCGAAAAAGAGAGGCAGACCGAAGCGGCAGAUGAGGUCACCGGUCAAGAUGAAGCCACCGGUACUGUCCGUGGCUCCGUUUGUUGCCACCGAGAGUCCAAGCAAGCUGGAGUCUGAAAGUGAUAACCACCGGAGCAGCAGUGAUUUCUUUGAGAGUGAGGAUCAGCUCCAGGACCCAGACGAUCUGGAUGACAGGCACAGGCCCGCCGUCUGCAGCAUGAGUGACCUGGAGAUGGACCCAGAUAAAAAAAUUACCAAGAGAAACAAUGGACAACUAAUGAAAACCAUUAUCCGCAAAAUAAAUAAAAUGAAGACUUUAAAGAGGAAGAAACUGUUGAAUCAGAUUCUUUCAAGCUCCGUAGAAUCAAGUAAUAAAGGGAAAGUGCAAUCCAAACUCCAUAAUACAGUGUCAAGUCUUGCUGCCACGUUCGGCUCUAAAUUGGGCCAGCAGAUAAACGUCAGCAAGAAGGGAACCAUUUACAUAGGAAAGAGAAGGGGUCGAAAACCAAAAACUGUCUUAAAUGGCAUUCUUUCCGGUAGCCCCGCCAGCCUUGCUGUGCUUGAGCAAACCGCUCAGCAGGCAGCCGGCUCAGCGCUGGGACAGAUCCUUCCCCCCCUGCUGCCCUCCUCUGCCAGCGGUUCUGAGACUCUUCCGUCACCUGUUUGCUCUCAGUCUUCCGGGACGAGCGGCGGGCAGAGCCCCGUGAGCAGUGACGCAGGCUUUGUGGAGCCCAGCUCGGUGCCGUAUCUGCACUUACACUCCAGACAGGGCAGCGUGAUCCAGACUCUUGCCAUGAAGAAGGCCUCCAAGGGGAGGCGGCGGCUCUCUCCUCCUACUUUGUUGCCAAAUUCUCCUUCCCACUUGAGUGAACUCACCUCCCUGAAGGAAGCUACGCCUUCUCCCAUCAGUGAGUCUCACAGUGAUGAGACGGUUCCCAGCGACAGUGGAAUCGGAACCGAUAAUAACAGCACAUCAGACAGGGCAGAGAAAUUCUGUGGACAGAAAAAGAGGAGGCAUUCUUUUGAACACGUUUCUCUCAUCCCCCCUGAAACCUCUACAGUUCUGAGCAGUCUUAAAGAAAAACAUAAACACAAAUGUAAGCGCAGGAGUCAUGAUUACCUCAGCUACGACAAGAUGAAGAGGCAGAAACGAAAACGGAAAAAGAAAUACCCCCAGCUCCGAAGUAGACAGGAUCCAGACUUCAUCGCGGAUCUGGAGGAAUUGAUCAGCCGUCUGAGUGAAAUUCGAAUCACCCAUCGAAGUCAUCAUUUUAUCCCCCGGGACCUGCUGCCCACUAUUUUUCGCAUCAACUUUAACAGCUUCUACACGCACCCUUCUUUCCCCUUAGACCCUUUGCACUACAUUCGAAAACCUGACUUAAAAAAGAAGAGAGGGAGACCCCCUAAGAUGAGGGAGGCGAUGGCCGAGAUGCCCUUCAUGCACAGCCUUAGUUUUCCCCUUUCUAGUACCGGAUUCUACCCGUCCUACGGCAUGCCUUACUCUCCCUCGCCCCUCACGGCCACCCCUCUGGGCCUGGGCUACUAUGGAAGGUACCCCCCCGCUCUCUACCCUCCUCCUCCAUCUCCUUCUUUCACUCCUCCGCUUCCGCCUCCGUCCUACAUGCACGCCGGCCAUCUGCUUCUCAACCCCACCAAAUACCAUAAGAAAAAGCAUAAGCUCCUUCGGCAGGAGGCCUUUCUCACGACCAGCAGGACCCCCCUCCUUUCCAUGAGCACCUACCCUAGCGUCCCUCCCGAGAUGGCCUACGGCUGGAUGGUCGAGCACAAACACCGGCACCGGCACAAGCACAGAGAACACCGCUCUUCUGAGCAGCCCCAGGUGUCCGUGGACACCGGCUCCUCCAGAUCCGUCUUGGAGUCCUUGAAACGGUAUCGGUUUGGGAAGGAAGCUGUUGGGGAGCGACAUAAACACAAGGAGAAGCACCGCUGCCACGUGUCCUGCCCCCAUCUCUCCCCGUCGAAAAGCUUAAUGAAUAGAGAAGAGCAGUGGGUCCACCGAGAGCCUUCGGAACCUAGUCCGCUGGCUUUGGGAUUGCAAACACCUUUACAGAUUGACUGUUCGGAGAGCUCUCCGAGCUUGUCCCUGGGAGGGUUCACCCCCAGCUCGGACCCGGCCAGCAGCGAUGAGCAUACAAACCUUUUCACAAGUGCAAUAGGCAGCUGCCGAGUCUCCAACCCUAGCGCCAGUGGCCGCAAGAGAUUAGCUGACAGUCCCGGACUGUUUUCCGCACAGGACACUCCGCUCGCUCGGCCUCACAGGAAGGAGCCGCUGCCUUCGGGCGAGAGGGCAGUGCAGACGGCGACAGGUUCGCAGCCAACCUUGGAGAAGUCUUCCCAGCGGGCGCCGGAGAGCGCGAGCAGCAGCCCCGCCCGCAAGCGGUCUUCGUCGGAGAGCACGUCCUCCACAGUGAAUGGAGUUCCGUCUCGGAGCCCGAGAGUGCUCGCUUCCGGGGACGACUGCGUGGACAGUCUGCUGCAGCGGAUGGUGCCCCGCGAGGACCAGGCGCCCCUGGAGAAGAGCGUCGAGGCCGUGACCGCAUCCGCCUCCGUGCCCCCUUCCUCCAGUCCGGGCCACGGCCACAGCAGGGAGCGGGCGCUGGGCAGACCAGACGGCCUCCUCGCGCCCGCGGCCCCCAGCGACCCCUGCGGCAGUAGCAUCGCACUGCUUUCCGAAAAGUUGCCGGGCAGCUGUCCGGCCCCGCACAUCAAGAGGAGCGCAGUGGAAGCCAUGCAGCGCCAGGCUCGGAAAAUGUGCAAUUAUGAUCGGAUCCUGGCCACUAAGAAAAACCUGGACCAUGUCAACAAAAUAUUAAAAGCCAAAAAGCUUCAGAGACAGGCCAGGACAGGGAAUAACUUUGUGAAGCGCAGGCCGGGUCGCCCUCGGAAGUGCCCGCUGCAGGCCGUGGUGGCAAUGCAGGCCUUGGCCGCUCAGUUCGUGGGCCCCGAACUGAAUGAGGGCGAGGAGAGCGCGGCCCUGCCCUUCCGGCCCGACACGGUCACGGACGUCAUCGAGGCCGUCGUCCAGAGCGUGAACCUGAGCCCAGAACACAAGAAGGGGCUGAAGAGGAAGGGUUGGCUGUUGGAAGAACAGACCAAGAAAAAGCAGAAGCCAUUCCCGGAGGAAGAACGAGAGCACACCGAAAGCUUUACUGAAACAACAGUUGAGAUUCCUGGUCCUCCUGAAACCCCAGCCAAGCCUCCCGAACCUGAGAGUACCUUGCAGCCCGUGCUUUCUCUCAUCCCAAGGGAGAAGAAGGCCCCCCGCCCCCCAAAGAAGAAGUAUCAGAAAGCAGGGCUGUAUUCUGACGUUUACAAAACUGCAGACCCAAAGAGCCGACUGAUCCAGUUAAAGAAAGAGAAGCUGGAAUACACUCCCGGAGAGCACGAGUAUGGGCUGUUCCCGGCUCCCAUUCAUGUCGGCAAGUACCUGAGGCAGAAGAGGAUUGACUUCCAGCUUCCCUAUGACAUCCUUUGGCAGUGGAAACACAAUCAGCUAUACAAAAAGCCAGAUGUCCCACUAUAUAAAAAAAUCCGUUCAAAUGUCUACGUCGAUGUCAAACCACUUUCUGGUUACGAGGCCACCACCUGUAACUGCAAGAAGCCAGAGGACGACGCCAGGAAGGGCUGUGUGGAUGACUGUCUCAACAGAAUGAUCUUUGCUGAGUGUUCCCCCACCACUUGUCCCUGUGGCGAGCAGUGCUGUAACCAGAGGAUACAGCGACACGAGUGGGUGCAAUGUCUAGAACGAUUUCGAGCCGAGGAGAAAGGCUGGGGAAUCAGAACCAAAGAGCCCCUGACAGCCGGGCAGUUCAUCAUCGAGUACCUGGGGGAGGUUGUCAGCGAGCAGGAGUUCAGGAACAGGAUGAUUGAGCAAUAUCAUAAUCACAGCGACCACUACUGCCUGAACCUGGAUAGCGGGAUGGUGAUUGACAGUUACCGCAUGGGGAACGAGGCCCGAUUCAUCAACCACAGCUGCGAUCCCAACUGUGAGAUGCAGAAAUGGUCUGUCAAUGGAGUUUACCGGAUCGGACUGUAUGCGCUUAAAGACAUGCCGGCUGGUACCGAGCUCACCUACGACUACAACUUCCAUUCCUUUAAUGUUGAGAAGCAGCAACUGUGCAAGUGUGGCUUUGAGAAGUGUCGGGGGAUCAUCGGGGGCAAGAGUCAGCGCGUGAACGGGCUCGCUGGCAGCAGAGGCGGCCAGCCCGCAGCUACUCACAGAAAGUCUGGGCGCUCGAAGGAGAAGCGGAAGUCGAAGCACAAGCUGAAGAAAAGGAGAGGCCACCUCUCCGAGGAGCCCAGUGAGAACAUGAGCACCCCCACACGGCUGGCCCCCCAGUUACAGAUGAAGCCGAUGUCUAAUCGAGAACGGAAUUUUGUGCUGAAGCAUCACGUGUUCUUGGUCCGCAACUGGGAGAAGAUCUGGCAAAAGCAGGACGAGGCGAAGCCCAGCAGUGCGGGCGUCCGCUCGGCCGCACUGUGCACCCGCUGGGCCGGCGUGUGCCGCGACGACGGGAACAUCAAGUCAGAUGUCUUCAUGACCCAGUUCUCCGCCCUGCAGACAGCGCGCUCCGUCCGAACGCGGCGGCUGGCAGCAGCUGAGGAGAACAUCGAGGUGGCGCGGGCGGCCCGCUUGGCCCAGAUCUUCAAGGAGAUCUGUGACGGCAUCAUCUCCUACAAAGAUUCUUCCCGACAAGCCCUGGCAGCCCCCCUUUUGAACCUCCCCCCGAAGAAAAAGAAUGCCGACUAUUACGAGAAGAUCUCCGACCCCCUGGACCUGGCCACCGUGGAGCGGCGCAUCCUCACCGGCCACUACAAGACCGUGGAGGCCUUUGACGCUGACAUGCUCAAGGUCUUCCGCAACGCUGAGAAGUACUACGGGCGGAAAUCCCCCGUCGGGCGGGGCGUGUGCCGCCUGCGGAAGGCCUACUACAACGCCCGGCACGAGGCGGCGGCGCAGAUCGACGAGAUCGUGGGGGAGACGGCGAGCGAGGCGGACGGCAGCGAGGCGUCCGUGUCCGAGAAGGAGAACGUGCACGAGAAGGACGACGACGUCAUCCGCUGCGUGUGCGGCCUGCACAAGGACGAGGGCCUCAUGAUCCAGUGCGACAAGUGCAUGGUGUGGCAGCACUGUGACUGCAUGGGGGUGAACUCGGACGUGGAGCACUACCUCUGUGAGCAGUGUGACCCGCGGCCUGUGGACAGGGAGGUCCCCAUGAUCCCUCGGCCCCACUACGCCCAGCCCGGCUGUGUCUACUUCAUCUGUUUGCUCCGAGACGACCUGUUGCUCCGUCAAGGCGACUGCGUGUACCUGAUGCGGGACAGCCGGCGCACCCCUGACGGCCACCCGGUCCGCCAGUCCUACCGGCUGCUGUCACACAUUAACCGAGACAAACUUGACAUCUUCCGCAUCGAGAAGCUGUGGAAAAAUGAAAAGGAGGAGCGGUUCGCCUUCGGCCACCACUACUUCCGGCCCCACGAGACCCACCACUCCCCCUCCCGCCGCUUCUACCACAACGAGCUGUUCCGGGUGCCGCUGUACGAGAUCAUCCCGCUGGAGGCCGUGGUGGGGACCUGCUGUGUGCUGGACCUCUACACUUACUGCAAAGGGCGGCCCAAGGGCGUGAAGGAGCAGGACGUGUACAUCUGUGACUACCGGCUCGACAAGUCGGCGCACCUGUUCUACAAGAUCCACCGGAACCGCUACCCCGUCUGCACCAAGCCCUACGCCUUCGACCACUUCCCCAAGAAGCUCACUCCCAAGAGAGAUUUCUCACCGCAUUACGUCCCAGACAACUACAAGAGGAACGGAGGGCGGUCCUCCUGGAAGUCUGAGCGCCCUAAGCCGCCCCUGAAGGAGCUGGGCCAGGACGACGACGCCCUGCCCUUGAUCGAGGAGGUUCUGGCCAGCCAGGAGCGGGCCGCCGAGGCCGGGCCGGGCCCCGAGGAGCCAGAGCGCGGGGGGGCCGCCGCCGCCGCGGGCGACCGAGCGAAGGCGGAGGAGGGCAGUCUGGGGCCCCCGCCCGCCGGCACCCCUGAGGAGCGCCGGCUCGGCCAGCGGGAACGACUCAACCACAUCCUGCUCGGCCUCCUGGAAAAGAUCCCUGGAAAAAACGCCAUCGACGUGACGUACCUGCUGGAGGAAGGGUCCGGCAGGAAACUCCGAAGACGCACUUUGUUCAUCCCGGAGAGCAGCUUCCGGAAGUGAGCCUCAGAGGAGAAGGCCGAGCAUCUGCCAUCAGCAGGGCUAACAGCCCUGCCUCUUGUUCCCAGUGCAGACGGGGCGGGAAGGGGCCGUGUCGCUGGCAUUAGGUACUUAAUAAACCCUGGAGCUGGUGCAGGGGAAGAGGCGGCGCCUGUGUACGCGGUUCCGUUCACCUUGUUUCCCUCCCCUUCUUAGCCCUGAGGGUUUGUGUGGGGAGGCGCGCACUGAGGGCCGCCGGAGUCCCGGUACUUUCGUAGCGCUCGCCCCCCCCCCCCCCAGCUUGGGUCUCUCUGUGUCAUCCUCUGGCCCCACAAGCACUGCUGCGAAGCUGCUUCCUGUCCCCGGGUGUAACUCACGUCGGUUGGCAGGAGGGGGUCCCCACCCGCCCCAGGCGUCUGUUCCCUGGGGGCUCCGGGGGCCACCCUAGACAGAAACAGCCGCUGGGGCCUCUUUCCAGAUGGACCCUUGACUGGGAACGUUUCUCUCUCCUCGUCCAAUCAGGUCAAAGUAACACGUGAAUUGACAAGUCGAAGCACUUGUAUCUGCGCCCCUUUUCCCUCCCUCUCCCCCCCCAGAAUGUAACCACGGACUAGGGAAGGCCCCCGUGGGGUCAGCAGGGCACAGAACUCAUUGUAAUUUUUGUUUUAACCUUCAUAACCUGCCCAGCCUCUGUUUCUCUAACGAGAAGGCCAGGCCCCGCCCGCACCGCGCCUGUGCUGCUCGGCGCGGCCCUCGUGCUGUGCCGCGAAGGGCCGCCCGUCUCCGAAUGGCCUCGUACAACCUCGUACACGUGGACCCUAAGCCACCCCCCAGAGUCACUACACGGACUGUGGACCCGCGUUCGCCUGGCAGAGUGUGCGUUGUGAGUGUGCAUCACCGACCGGAAACACUACUCCUGUUCUCUUCAGUGUACGGUUUUCAGUGUCCACCCCUCAGAGACAGUGCUCCCCGCCCGCCGCCUGGGUCCUCCACCCUCACGAUGACAGCACGGGGGGGGGGGGGGGGCGCCGGGGCCCGGCGCCUCCCUCCUUCCCGUCCUCAGCCACAACUUCCCAGACGAUACUGUCUCUUUAAAAAUGAAAUUUAAAAAGCUUUGCUUUGUCUUCUCAGACAUACAUAUGCAUAUACGUUUUAGAUGUUCUUAUAAGAGAAAAGAUGGUUUUUAAACGUGCCAAGUUGUGUGUGUACAUAUAUAUGUAUGUAUGUAUGUACGUAUGUAUAUACCUGCCGCGUGACUAGGAAGCAAUACAGCGUCAGCCCGCCCGGCCCGGCGUCCUCGCUGCGCUUCCCCGGCGGCGCGCGGCCUGUUCAGGUGGAAACAUGGACACCUUCCAUUCCGCUCGGUCUUUUUUUCCUUUUUCUCCUUUCUGUGUCAAUCUUGAGGAAAAAACAAAAAAAAAAAAAAAAAAAGAGAGAGACAGGGGAAGCCAAAGAUCCCCUCGAGCAGAGAAAAAAGCAGAAUAAAUAUUUUAUUAAA